AUGCUCAAUCCCACGAAAAGCAAGGUGUUCAUGGGUCAAAACCUGAUUUGGGUGAUGAUACUGCUGGGGCAGCUACACGGUUACAAAAGUUGUAUUCAAAAAGAAAGGUCAGCUUUAUUCGAGGUCAAGAAAUACAUGAUCUCAGUUGCUAAAGAAGGGAAAUCCAACUUUGUUUACCCUACUUGGACCAAUGACACAAAGAGCGAUUGCUGCCGGUGGGAGGACGUUAAGUGCAAUCGUUCAAGUGGACGCGUGAUUGAGAUUUCCUUUGGUCAUAUGUACACCAAAGAGAAUUCUUUCCUAAAUCUUUCUUUGCUGCAUCCCUUUGAAGAGGUUCGAAGUCUGGACUUAUCUUGGUCCGGAUUCAGUGGCUUGUUUGAUGCUGUGGAAGGUUUUAAGAGCCUAAGGAGACUAAGAAACCUGGAGAUUCUGGAUUUCACUGCAAAUAAUUUCAACAGGAGCAUCUUUCCUUUUGUUAAUGCUGCUACAUCACUUAGGAAACUAUAUCUUCUGUACAACAACAUGGAUGGUCAUGUUCCUUUUAAAGAACUUAGAGAUUUGACAAACUUGGAAUUGCUGGACAUGAGUGAGAAUAGACUUAAUGACUCCAUACCAAUACAAGUUCUGCAUUUGAUUACCCCAGGGAUUUGCAAUUUGAAGAAUCUGCAAGAGCUAGACCUCGCCCAAAACAAACUAGUAGGAGAUUUUCCCUUAUGUUUAACUAGCAUGAUGGGACUUCGAGUUCUUGAUCUCUCAUUAAACCAAUUGACUGGUACACUACCAUCUUCCCUCGGUAACCUUAAAUCCCUUGAGUAUUUGUCGUUGUUUGAUAACAACUUUGAAGGCUUCUUCUCACUUGGUUCUCUAGCCAACCUCUCUGUGCUUAGGGUGUUGAAAUUUAGCUCACAAUCCAACUCGUUCCAAGUAGUGUCAGAAAGUUCUUGGAAGCCAAAAUUUCAGCUGAGUAUUAUUGACCUACGAUCUUGCAACUUAAAAAGGGUUCCUCAUUUUCUUUUACAUCAGAAUGAUUUGCGUCAUGUUGAUCUCUCUGACAAUAAAAUAGCUGAAAAUUUUCCUUCAUGGUUGUUGGCUAACAAUUCUAAACUUGAAGUUCUGCUUCUACAAAAUAAUUCUUUUGUGAGCUUUCAGCUACCGGAUUCUGCUCAUAACUUGUUUUCCUUGGAUUUGUCAAUGAAUGAGUUCAGUAAUGUAUUUCCUCAGAACAUUGGGUGGAUACUUCCUCAUUUACAAUACAUGAAUAUAGCAAAGAACAGUUUUCAAGGAAAUCUGCCAGCUUCUCUGGGUAACAUGAAAAGUAUUCACUAUCUGGAUAUAUCUCACAAUAGUUUCCAUGGAACGCUACCAAAAGGUUUCAUAAAGGGUUGUUAUUCCAUUUCGAUCUUAAAGCUUUCACAUAACAAACUAAGUGGAGAGGUUUUUCCAGAGACAGCCAACUUUACCUAUAUAACGGUUCUAUCUAUGGACAACAAUUCGUUUACAGGAGAGAUCAGAAAUGGUUUGCGAACUUUGACAUCCUUGUUAGUGCUUGACAUUUCGGACAACAAUCUUACAGGUGUUAUUCCAAGUUGGAUUGGUGAAUUUGAACUCUUAUCUGCACUGUUGCUUUCAAACAACUCAUUAGAAGGUGAGAUACCAAUUUCAUUGUUCAACAUACCACGUCUGGGGCUAUUGGACCUCUCUGCAAAUAUGUUAUCAGGUGAUAUACCUCCUCCACAUGUAAAUUCUAGUUAUCCAGUAGUGUUACUUCUGCAAGACAAUAAUUUCUCAAAUGAUAUCCCACACUCUCUGCUACAGAAUGUCAGCAUACUUGAUAUGAGAAAUAAUAGAUUGUCUGGGAAUAUUCCUGAGUUCAUCAGUAGCCAAAACAUCAACAUUCUUCUCCUUCGGGGGAAUAAUUUUACAGGGGGUAUUCCUCAUCAGUUGUGUGGUCUAAGCAAUAUUCACCUUCUGGAUCUUGCUAACAAUGGAUUGAGUGGGUCCAUACCUUCAUGUCUCAGCAAUAUAUCAUUUGGUUCGGGGAAAAAGGACAGAUUAAAUUAUUAUAAUUUAAGCAUUGGUUACAGUAAUGAUGGAGUCAUCAUUGGUCCUAGCAUGGUACAGAGAGGAAAUAACGUUGGAGCAUAUUUUAAAUCUCUGCUUUUGCUUGAAGAAUUUAGUAUGAACUAUAUGGAAGGCGUCCAUACUAAAAUUGAAUUCGCUACAAAAUACAGAUAUGAUGCCUAUAUGGGUGGAAAUCUCCUAGAACUUGGCGGAUUAGAUCUCUCCCAUAAUGAGUUAAGUGGUGAGAUCCCAGUAGAGCUUGGAGAAAGCCUUGACCUCUCUUUCAACAGGUUACAAGGAGAGAUCCCACGAGUACUAGCAGAGCUGAGCAGCCUAGCUGUGUUUAAUGUCUCAUACAACAACUUAUCAGGAGUCAUUCCACAGGGAAGACAGUUUAAUACCUUUGACAUUCGAAGUUACUUAGGUAAUCCUCUUCUCUGUGGGAAACCAACCAACAUAAGUUGUGAUGGCAAUAACUUUCAAGACCAGGGUGAUAAUGAAGUGGAAUCUGUUGAAUCCACAAGUGACAUGGUAUCUUUCUACUGGAGUCUCACUGUAGCUUAUGUGACAAUAUUUCUAGGGAUACUUGCAUCACUCUCUUUUGAUUCUUCUUGGAGCAGAGCUUGGUUCUACAUGGUUGAUGCUUUCAUCCACAAGGUGAGGAACUUUUUGAUUAAUUUAUAUUCUUAUAAAAUUUAUAUACCCAGUACAUUGUGGUUUGAGUUUCUUAUUGCUUCUUUUAUUUUACUUUACAAUAUUUUUUUUGCGAUGGGAGUGAAAAUGUGUUUGUGUCAAAACCUGAUAUGGGUGAUGCUACUGAUGGGACAACUACAUGGAUAUGAAAGUUGUGUAGAGAAAGAUAGGAACGGUUUGUUGGAGCUCAAGAACUACUUGAUCUCACAGAGUAUAGAAGGAGAAUCCAACUCUGUUCUCCCUACUUGGAGUAAUGACACAAAGAGCGAUUGCUGCCUUUGGGAGGGUCUUAAGUGCAGUGGUACAAGCAAACGGGUUACGGAGAUUGCGUUUGGUGGAUUGAAGCUUAGAGAGAAUACUCUCCUAAAUCUUUCUUUGCUGCAUCCUUUUGAAGAUGUCCAAAGUCUCAACUUAUCCAGUAACCAAUACAAUGGCUUGUUCGAUGAUGUUGAAGGUUAUAACAGCUUGAGGAAAUUAACAAAGCUGGAGAUUCUGGAUUUAACUUCAAAUGAAUUCAACAACAGUAUAUUUCCUUUUCUUAAUGCUGCUACAUCACUCACAACUCUGUUUCUUAGAUCCAACAACAUGGAUGGCUCUUUGCCAGUUAAAGAUUUUAGAGAUUUGACAAACUUGGAACUCCUUGACCUGAGCAGAAACCGAUUCAACGGCUCCAUACCACUGCAAGGGAUUUGCGAACUGAAGAAUAUACAAGAGCUAGAUCUUAGUCACAACAAGCUUGUAGGUCAGUUUCCCUUAUGCUUAACUAGCUUAAGUGGACUUAGAGUUCUUGAUCUCUCAUCUAACCAAAUAACUGGGAGGUUACCACCUUCUCUUGGUAGCCUUACAUCCCUUGAGUAUUUAUCCUUGUUUGAUAACGACUUCGAAGGCUUCUUCUCACUUGGCUCCCUAACCAAUCUCACAAAGCUUAGAGUGUUGAAACUCUGCUCACAAUCCAACUCACUUCAACUAGUGUCUGAUAGUUCUUGGAAGCCAAAGUUUCAGCUUGAUGUUAUUGCACUACGAUCUUGCAACUUUGACAAGGUUCCUCAGUUUCUCCUACACCAGAAGGAGUUGCGUCAUGUUGAUCUCUCCGACAAUAACAUUUAUGGAAAGUUCCCUUCCUGGCUGUUGCAGAACAACACUAAACUCAAAGUGUUGCUUCUACAGAAAAACUCCUUCACAACAUUUCAGCUACCAGAAUCUCCUCAUCAUCUUCUCUUCAUGGACCUGUCUGUUAAUAAACUCAACCAUCUCCUUCCUGAGAACAUAGGGUGGAUACUUCCUCAUCUACGUUACAUGAAUAUCUCCAACAACGGCUUUCUAGAAUCUCUCCCAUCUUCUCUAGGUAACAUGAAGAGCAUUGAAUACAUGGAUCUAUCUCACAACAGCUUCCAUGGAGAGCUACCAAGAAGUUUUCUAAACGGUUGUGACUCCAUGGCAAUCUUGAAGCUAUCACACAACAAACUAACCGGAGAGAUUUUUCAAGAACCACCAAAAUUUACUAAUAUAUUGGGUCUGUUUAUGGAUAACAAUCUCUUCACAGGAAAAGUUGGUCAAGGCUUGCAAAGCUUGAGAAAGUUAUCACUUCUUGACAUGUCAAACAACAACCUCACAGGUGUUGUCCCAAGCUGGAUAGGGAAGCUUCCUUCCUUAACAGCACUGCUGAUAGCAAACAACUUGUUGGAAGGUAACAUACCUACAUCUUUGUUCAACAAUACAAAUCUUCAGCUACUUGAUCUCUCCACAAACAGUUUAUCUGGAGGCUUACCUCCACAACACAACUCCAAGAAUGGAGUAGUGUUGCUUCUUCAAGACAAUGAUCUAUCAGGAGAGAUUUCAUACACACAGCUAGCAAACGUGGAGAUACUUGACCUCAGGAACAACAGAUUAUCUGGGAGUAUUCCUGAGUUCAUCAGAACACAGAACAUCAGUGUUCUUCUUCUCCGAGGAAACAACUUAACCGGUCGGAUCCCUCACCAGUUAUGUGGCUUAAUAAACAUCCAGCUUCUUGAUCUUUCAAGAAACAGAUUGAAUGGUUCCAUACCUUCAUGCCUCAGCAACACAUCUUUUGUCACAGGGAAGAGAUGUACAUCAUAUGAUUAUGAUUUCGGCAUUUCUUUCCCUUCUGAUGUCUUUGAUGGUUUCUCUCUUCAACAAGACGGUGCAACUUUCAAGUCUCUGCUCAUGCUUGAUCCGUUUAGUAUGGACUACAAGGCAAGCACUCAGACCAAGAUUGAGUUUGCAACAAAGUACAGAUAUGAUUCCUACAUGGGGAAGAAUCUCAAGCUGUUGUAUGGGUUGGAUCUCUCGGAGAAUGAGCUGAGUGGUGAGAUCCCAGCUGAGUUUGGAGAGCUAAUGGAACUGAGAGCUUUUAACCUCUCUCACAACAACCUAUCUGGUGCUAUACCAGAGAGCUUUUCAGGUAUGAAGAAUGUGGAGAGUCUUGAUAUUUCUUUCAACAGAUUACAAGGCCGGAUCCCACAAGAGCUGACACAGCUGAGCACUCUCUCGGUUUUUAAGGUCUCUUACAACAACUUAUCAGGAGCUAUUCCACAAGGAACACAGUUUAGCACUUUUGAUACGCAAAGCUUUGUAGGGAAUAAUCUUCUUUGUGGACAACCAACAAGCAGAAGCUGCAAUACAUUUCAAGAACCAAAUAGUGGAGAGGAUGAUGAUAAUGAUGAUGAAUUUGCAAUCGACAUGGAGUCUUUCUACUGGAGUUUUGCUGCAGCUUAUGUGACCAUACUUGUUGGAUUAUUUGCGUCGCUCUCUUUUGAUUCUCCUUGGAGUAGAUUUUGGUUUGAGAUGGUUGAUGGUUUUAUCAACAAACUACAUGGAUACAAAAGCUGUAUUGAGAAAGAAAGGAAGGCGUUGCUGGAUCUCAAGGAAUACCUGAUCUCCACUUCUCAAACUGAAGAUUUCGACUAUGUUCUUCCUACUUGGAGUAAUGACACAAAGAGCAAUUGCUGCCUGUGGGAGGGCGUUAAAUGCAAUCGUACAAGCAGAUGGGUGACAGAGAUUGCCUUUGGUGAUUUGUACCUCAAAGAGCAUUCUCUCCUUAAUCUUUCUUUGUUGCAUCCCUUUGACGAGCUUCGAAGUCUGGACUUAUCCCAGUGCGCUUUUAGUGCCAUGUUUGAUGAUAUGGAAGGUUAUAAAAGCUUGAGUAGAUUAAGGAGCCUGGAGAUCUUGGAUCUCUCUUCAAAUCAGUUUAAUAACAGCAUCUUUCCCUUUCUUAAUGCUGCUACAUCACUUACAACUCUGUUUCUUCGGUACAACUACAUGAAUGUCCCUUUUCCUGUUAAAGAACUGAAAAGUUUGACAAACUUGGAAUUGCUGGAUCUGAGUGGAAACGAAUACAACGGUUCCAUGCCAGUUUUAUGUGAAAUGAAGAAUCUGCAGGAGCUCUAUCUCAGUGGAAAUGACUUUGUUGGUCAGCUUCCUCUCUGUUUAGGUAGCUUAAAAAAGCUACGUAUUCUUGACCUCUCAUACAACAUAUUAAGCGGAAAUCUGUCAUCUAGUUUCAGUAGCCUCGAGUCUCUUGAAUAUCUUUCGCUGUCAGAUAAUAACUUUGAAGGCUUGUUCUCACUCAAUCCACUCGCCAACCUCACAAAUCUCAAGGUGUUCAAACUUUCAUCAGAAUCUGAUGUAAUACAGGUAGAUACAGAAAGUACAUGGGUGCCAAAAUUUCAACUAACCAUAGCUGCACUCCCCUUUUGCGGCUUGGAGAAGAUCCCAAACUUUCUAAUGUACCAGAAGAAGUUGCGUGUACUUGAUCUAUCCAGCAACAGAAUAUCCGGAAACAUCCCUACCUGGCUGUUGGCUAAUAAUCCAGAACUUGAAGUCCUACAGCUGCAGAAUAACUCAUUUACUCUCUUUCAGAUUCCUAAAAUCGUGCGUAAGUUGCAGUUCUUGGAUUUUUCAGCAAAUGAUAUUGGUGGAGUGCUCCCUGAUUAUUUUGGCCAUGUGCUUCCGAGUCUGCUACAUCUGAAUGGCACUCAUAAUGAGCUUCAAGGGAACUUGCCAUCAUCUAUGGGUGAGAUGAAGAAUAUUUCAUUCCUGGACUUGUCUCACAAUAAAUUCUCUGGGGAACUACCUAGAAGCUUAUUCACAGGUUGUGUUUCAUUACAAAUACUCCUGCUCUCUCACAACCAACUUGGUGGACAUAUUCUUCCAGGACAGACUAACCUAACAUCGCUCAUCGUGCUGCGGAUUGAUAACAACUUAUUUACAGGGGAGAUCGGAAGAGGUUUUCUUACCUUGGUUAAUUUGUCAGUCCUUGACGCGUCCAACAAUCGCCUUACAGGUGCUAUUCCAAGUUGGAUACCUGAAGAAUCGCAUAUUAUUAUGUUACUGCUAUCAAAUAAUCUGUUAGAAGGUACGUUGCCACCUUCCCUGCUGGCCGUUUAUCAUCUUGAAUUUCUGGACCUCUCUGGAAACCUAUUAUCUGGUGAACUACCCUCGUCACAUCUAAAUUCUAUGUAUGGGAUAAGUAUGUUCCUACAAAACAACAGCUUAACGGGGCAAAUCCCCGUCAAGCUGUUGGAAAAUGCUAAGAUACUUGAUCUGCGGAAAAAUAAAUUCUCUGGAAGUAUCCCACAGUUUGUCAAUACCGGGGAAAUGAGGAUUUUUCUGUUGAAGGGGAACAAUUUAACAGGAUCUAUACCAUGGAAGCUAUGUGAUAUGAGAAAUAUCACUCUUUUAGAUCUUUCAGACAACAAGCUCAAUGGAACCAUACCUUCAUGCCUUUAUAAUUUAACAUUUGGAUCAAGGGAAGAAGAGGAGAUGACAAGUAGCUCCUUUGGGGCAAUGGGCUUUGGCUUUGGUGAAAGACUUGAGUUCGAAUUUUACAAAUCUACAUUCUUGGUAGAAGAGUUCAUGACAUACUAUGAUACAUAUAUGAUUGUCGAAAUUCAAUUUGCAGCAAAGCAAAGGUAUGAUUCUUACAUUGGAGGAACACUUGAUUAUAUGUAUGGCUUGGAUCUGUCUAGCAACGAACUAAGUGGUGUUAUCCCAGCUGAGCUUGGAGAGCUCUCGAAACUACGAGCAAUGAAUCUGUCUCGAAAUUUCUUGUCCAGUUCUAUACCGGAUAGCUUCUCCAAACUGAAGGACAUUGAGAGCCUUGAUCUUUCUUAUAACAUGUUACAUGGCAACAUCCCUAACCAACUAACAAACCUUACUUCUCUUGCUGUCUUCAACGUCUCCUACAACAAUUUAUCAGGCAUCAUUCCCCAAGGAAGGCAGUUUAGCACCUUCAACGAGAACAGCUACUUAGGCAAUCCUCUUCUAUGUGGGCCACCGACUGAUAGAAGUUGUGAAGCUAAGAAGAGCACAAAGGAAACAGAUAAUGUAGGAGAAGAAGAAGAAGAUGAUGAAGCUGUUGUUGACAUGAUGGUCUUCUAUUGGACUACUGCUUCAACGUAUGUGACUGCGUUAAUAGGCUUUCUUCUACUUAUGUGCAUCGAUUGUCCUUGGCGUCAAGCAUGGCUCCGCCUUGUUGAUGCUUUCACUGCCUCAGUGAAAAGAAUGUUUUCUUAA